UGGGGCACUGGACUUCUCUAUUCCCUGCUGCACACUGCCAAUACAUUUUCACUGCCUUUCUGUCAAGGCAAUGCUGUGGAUCAGUUCUUCUGUGAAAUGCCCCACAUCCUCCAGCUCUCCUGCUCAGAUGCCUAUCUCACGGAAGUUGGGCUUAUUGUGUUUAGUAUCCUUGCCUUUUUUGGGUGCUUUGUAUUCAUUCUUUUCUCCUAUGUGCAGAUCUUCAGGGCCGUGCUGAAGAUGCCCUCUAAGCAGGGACGCCGCAAAGCCUUCUCCGCGUGCCUCCCUCAGCUGGCUGUGCUCUCCCUGUUUCUCAGCACUGCCAUGAUUGCCUAUGUGAAGCCACCUUCCAUCUCCUCCCGGGCCCUGGACCUGGUGGUUUCAUUUCUAUACUCUGUGGUGCCUCCAGCACUGAACCCCCUCAUCUACAGCAUGAGGAACCAGGAGCUCAGGGAUGCAGUGAGGAAAAUGAUGCCCUGGUCACAGUUCAGCAGGGAUAAACUUCUCAUCUGUCUCUACAAAUAUCUCACAGUCUAUUCC